AUGGAAAACGCUUUUCAGAAUCGUAUAACAACUGGCUGCAUUGUCAAUAUUGGUCAUAUUGAUUUAAGAACAUUUCUACAUGAUGCAAAAAGUUUAACAGUUAAUAAAAUUCAAGAAAAUAUGCAGAGGAUAGGAAAUCUUAAAGUCAGUACAACUUUAAUGUGCAAAUUUGAAAAUGUUAAAAGUGAAUUAACCAUUGAGGAAACAAAGACAUUUCAAACUCAAAGUCGGGAGAUAUUAAUAACAACAGAUCUCGACAACUGGUUUGCUAGUAGUGUGUAUGAUGUUUUAUUGAAGAAAGUUGAAGAGUUUAAUCAAAAAGAUUCAGGGUGGAGUUUAGUGGAAGUGAUAAACUUAACUAUUAACAUCUCUAGAUAUGCUCCAUUGAGAGCUGGCUUAUCAACGUUUGUCUCCUUGCCUAAAGAUAUACAAUAUAAAAAAGCUGUUAUCAACAUCCAAAAUAAUGAUGAAUUUUGUUUUCUUUGGUGUGUAACUGCUGCAGUAUAUGGUGCUGAAACUACUCAUCCAGAAAGGACAUCAUCAUAUCCACAUUUCAGUACACUUUUUAAUUAUAAGGAUAUCAACUUUCCUAUAACUCUCAAAGACAUUCCGAAAUUUGAAAAGUUAAAUAACUUUAAGAUAAAUGUUUACGGACUUGAAUCGCAGUUCACUAAGAAUGAAGAGGAAGAUGCAGCAUCUAGUGUAAUAGCGCCAUUAUACUUAAGUACUAAUUAUCAAUAUCCCGUUCCAUUUGUUGUCUACGCCGAUUUAGAAUGUACUCUUGAAUCUGAUAAUGGUACUGAAAAACACGUUCCUUAUAGUAUAGCUUAUUAUGUCUUGUGUAAUUAUGAUUCUUUGUUAUCAAAGUUUGAGCUCAAACGCUCUUCUGAUUGUAUUGAAUGGUUUAUUAAGGAGUUGGAAAUUUUGGGACGAAAAGUUGAUUUUAAACUCAAAAAUCCUAUACCUAUGAAACCACUCAAUACCGAUGAAAAAAGAUAUCAUAAUGAAACAAAAGAUUGUCAUAUUUGUGGGAAAAUAAUCGAUUCUAAUGCUAAUAAAUGUCGUGAUCAUUGUCAUUUCACCGGAAAAUAUCGCGGGCCUGCGCAUAAUUCAUGUUACGAUUCACAUUUUAUUAUUAAAUCAUUAGUCACAGGUUUUGAAGGUUCAGUUACUGUUUUACCCAUUAAUAAAGAACGUUAUAUAUCUUUUACAAAGUCUAUUAAAAAUACAUCAGUUGCAUUGCGUUUUAUUGACUCAUUUCGAUUCAUGGCAUCUGGUCUCGAGAAACUAGCAUCAUAUCUUACAGAUAAUGACAAACAAAUUACACGAAUGUAUUACUCUGAUCAUGAGCAGUUUAGUUUAGCCACUCGUAAAGAAGUAUUUCCGUAUGAGUACAUAGAUUCAAUAGUAAAGUUAAAUGAAGAUAAAUUGCCUCAAAAAUCAUUUUUUUAUUCCAAACUAAAUGAUAAUAAUAUAUCUGACGAAGAUUAUGAUCAUGCAAAAUUAGUUUGGAGUAAAUUUAACACCAAAACACUUGGUGAAUAUUCUGAUUUGUAUUUAAAAACCGAUGUGUUAUUAUUAGCUGAUAUUUUUGAAAAUUUUCGACGUAGUUGUUACAAUACUUAUAAUUUAGAUCCCCUUCGUUAUUAUACAGCACCAGGAUUAGCCUUUGAUGCUAUGUUAAAGCUUACUGGUAUUCAAUUAGAACUGCUAGAUGAUGCUGAAAUGGUAUUAUUUAUAGAAAAAGGCAUAAGAGGUGGUGUAUCACAGUGUACGAAUCGUCAUGCUGUGGCUAAUAAUCGAUUUAUGGGUGAUGACUUUAAUCCGAAUGAACCUGAAUCUUAUUUAAUGUAUUUUGAUGUGAAUAAUUUAUAUGGAGCUGCAAUGAGUAUGCCCUUACCAUAUAAGUCAUUCAAAUGGGUGGACAAUAUAACUGUAGACAAUAUAGAUAGUAUUUUUAAUUCGAACGAAUCAAAAGGUUAUAUACUAGAGGUAGAUUUAGAAUAUCCGAUAGAGCUUCAUGGUCUGCAUAAAGAUCUACCAUUAUGUCCUGAGCAUUUUGCACCACCAAACAGUAAGCAAUCUAAAUUAAUUACUACUUUAUAUUCAAAAGAAAGAUAUGUUAUUCAUUAUAAGAAUUUACAGCAGUGUAUUCAGUUAGGUAUGAAAUUCGUAAGAGUUCAUCGUGUUCUAAGCUUCGAACAAUCAGCUUGGUUACAGCCAUACAUUGAUAAAAAUACUGAUUGUCGUAAAAAUGCUAAGAAUGAAUUUGAAAAAAACUUUUUCAAGCUUAUAAAUAAUGCUGUAUUUGGAAAAACAAUGGAAAAUAUUAGAAAACAUAAAGAAAUUAGAAUAGUAACAGAAUGGACAGGACGUUAUGGUGCAAAAUCUCUAAUUUCUUAA